CAACGCUCACGUGAGCAGCGUCAUCGCCCAUCUUUUCUUCUUCCUCUGGUUUCCGGGGAACCUCCAACCUCCAACCUCACCAUCAACCUCCAUCAGCUCAGCUCUCUCUCCAGCAUCGCAUCUCAUCAACGCCGCCCGUCGAGCAGCUUUAUCACCAUCGAAGAGCCUACUGUCUAGCAUUAUCCUCUCUCCUGAGCUACUAUGAAGGGCUCUCUCUUGCUUGCGGGUGCGACCCUGCUGGGCUGUACCUCUGCUAAGCUGCACAGCCUGAAGCUCAAGAAGGUCUCCCUCAAGGAACAACUUGUAAGUCAUUUCGACCCUCUCGAUCUUGCUGAGCUUGGAGUAGCUAUGUUUUCGUUUUUCCAGGUGCUAAUGGAUACCGUUUGUAGGAACAUGCCGACAUUGACGUCCAGAUCAAGUCUUUAGGCCAGAAGUACAUGGGCAUCCGCCCAGAACAACAUGAGCAGCAGAUGUUCAAGGAGCAGACUCCCAUCGAAGCUGAGUCUGGACACAACGUCCUCAUCGACAACUUCCUCAACGCUCAGUACUUCUCUGAGAUCUCCAUCGGAACUCCCCCACAGACCUUUAAGGUUGUUCUAGACACCGGAAGUUCCAAUCUCUGGGUUCCGGGCAAGGACUGCUCGUCCAUCGCUUGCUUCUUGCACAGCACAUAUGACUCUUCAGCCUCGUCUACCUACUCCAGGAACGGCACCAAGUUCGCCAUCCGCUAUGGAUCUGGCAGCCUAGAGGGCUUUGUCUCUCGGGACAAUGUCAAGAUUGGUGACUUGACUAUCAAGAACCAGCUCUUCGCUGAAGCUACCAGCGAGCCGGGCCUUGCUUUCGCCUUUGGCCGCUUCGACGGCAUCAUGGGUAUGGGUUUCAGCAGUAUCUCAGUCAACGGGAUUCCUCCUCCGUUCUACAACAUGAUCGACCAGGGUCUUCUUGAUGAGCCCGUGUUCAGCUUCUACUUGGGCGAUACCAACAAGGAUGGUGAUCAGUCUGUCGUCACUUUUGGAGGGUCCGAUACCAACCAUUUCACUGGUGAUAUGACCACUAUCCCACUCCGCCGCAAGGCCUACUGGGAGGUUGAUUUCGACGCCAUCUCCCUUGGUAAGGAUACAGCUGCUCUGGAAAACACCGGUAUCAUCCUCGACACCGGUACUUCCCUCAUUGCCCUCCCAACCACUCUUGCUGAGAUGAUCAACACCCAAAUUGGCGCCACAAAGUCAUGGAAUGGUCAAUACACUCUUGACUGUGCCAAGCGGGAUUCUCUCCCUGAUGUCACUUUCACCCUUAGCGGCCACAACUUCACCAUCGGACCUCACGACUACACUUUGGAGGUCUCCGGCACCUGCAUCAGCAGCUUCAUGGGAAUGGACUUCCCUGAGCCUGUUGGUCCACUUGCCAUCCUUGGUGACUCAUUCUUGAGACGCUAUUACUCUGUCUACGACUUGGGCAAGGGCACUGUUGGUCUGGCCAAGGCCAAAUAAAUAUCCCGCUUAUUUCGCCCAUUUUGUCCAUGGCUCUAUGCAGAGGGGAAGGAAUAACCUUAUCUUUUGAAUGACACCUAAUGUUGCUGAGUGCCAUAUAAAUGUGAUGUGGGAACCCCCCCUUUUUUUUUAUCACUCCUCACAGAACAUCUCUGUAAAUUCCGAGGUGAAUCUUGCCUUUGCAUAAUCAAUGACCGGCGGAGAGAGUGUUCGAGUAUCAUGUUCGGUUUAUGUUGAAUGGUUUCUUAAGGCCAUGGAGAUUCUUCUAUUGUUACCUAUCUGCAGCUGCUCCUAGAGCUCGUCUCGUAUUGUUAUUUACAUAGUAUUAUUAUUAUCUCUCCAUCCAUCUGCCUAUAAUCCAGACCCCAGCUUAUAACUACCGCAGGACCCCAAUCCACCAAAGCGACCGCUCUCCAAGUACUCCGUAGUACCCGUAUAUUAUUCAUCUUCUGACUGGCAGAACGACCUCGUCUCGGUGGCUGAGGCUGUCGCUAUGCAGUAUGUCG